CCUUCAUAGUAAGCAGGUGCAAUCGUCCGCGCGGAAAAGGUAAGCAAUUAUAUCCAUGAAAGUGUCAUUUGCUGUCUUUUAGCAAUUAAAAUCACACGUAGACAUCAACGGCUGAUAUUAACUACCGCCCGUAUUAAAACUGUACGUGUACUUUGAUCAUGUGGGCUAUUUAUAGACGCUUUUCAUAUUCUUUAAUGGCUCUGUUUACAGAGUGGCGCAUCACGAAAAGCUCCAUUGCAUUUUACUCAGUAUGCUAUCUUUUAAGGUUUGUAUUGGGCACAAAAGCUUUUAUUAACACCGUCUUCGAGUUGGUGGACCUUAUUAAAUGACCAUGUUUCAUGUGGCAGUCGUGCUGAAGGCUGGUAAUUACACGCUGAAGGCUGGUGAUAAAACGAGCCCUUCUUCCUCGCAGAUGGCAGAAAUGGCAUCAGCCGUGCGGUUGUCGUUGUUCGGCCUGGUUCUGAGCCUGAUGCUCGGCACAGUCCCAGCCCGCAGCCCACGCACCGCGGACCAGGUUUCUGAGGCCGACAUCCAGCGCCUCCUGCACGGCGUCAUGGAGCAGCUGGGCAUCGCUCGGCCCCGGGUGGAAUAUCCAGCACACCAGGCCACCAACAUUGUGGGGCCUCAGAGCAUCCAGGGUGGUGCUCAUGAGGGGCUUCAGCACCUGGGGCCUUAUGGGAACAUCCCUAACAUUGUGGCCGAGCUAACGGGCGACAAUGUCCCUAAGGACUUCAGUGAUGACCACAGCUACCCGGACCCUCCCAACCCCUGUCCCCUGGGAAAGACCGCAGCAGAUGGGUGCCUGGAAAAAGCGCCUGACACAGCCGAAUUCAGCCGAGAGUUUCAAAAGCACCAGCACUUGUUCGACCCAGAGCAUGAUUACCCAGCGCUGGCAAAGUGGAACAAGGAGCUCUUGUACCAAAAACUGAAGGGAGGACCAAAAAGAAGAAAAAGGAGCGUCAACCCCUAUUUAAUGGGCCAGAGGCUGGACAACGUGGUUGCUAAGAAAUCCGUUCCCCACUUCUCUGAGGAAGAGGAGCAGGAGGCAGCGACCGUGGCCACCACCAAGAUCAGCCACCUCCUCCAAGAUUAGCCGGAGCCUGAAAGUAUAUUCUCAGAUAAAUGUUUUGGGUUAGCACACUGCACCUUUAGGCAUUGUGGUCAAUGGGAAUGUGUUUUAGGAGCAAGAGCUGAGUUUGUCAAGGUUUUCUUUCAAAUAUUGUAGUACAGUAGUUGCAGGCUUUAAAUCGUUAUGCAUUCUUGUUGAUUAUUUUCACAAUGCGAAAGAUUCAAUCUUAGUGUUUGAACAUGGAAAAA